AUGAAUAACAGAGAGUACGACUAUUUGUUCAAGCUUGUUAUCAUUGGGAAUAGUGGAGUUGGUAAGUCCUCUCUACUUGUAAGAUACACUGAUGACACAUUUAGUGAAAAUUAUAUCUCCACUAUUGGAGUUGACUUUAAAUUCAAAACAUUUAGACUAGAUGGCAAGGGCUUAAAGUUAUAGAUUUGGGAUACUGCUGGCUAAGAGAGAUUCAGAACCAUUACAAAUGCAUAUUAUAAAGGAGCUGAUGCAAUUGUCAUUGUCUAUGACACUACUUGCUAGUCAUCAUUUGAGGAAAUCGAAAAAUCUUGGAUAGAUGAGAUUCACAAGCAUGCAGGAAAGAAUACUACCGUCCUUUUAAUUGGAAAUAAAAGUGAUUUACCAAAUAAAGCUGUUAUUACUGAGAGAGCAUAAACUUAUGCAAAAGAGAAACUUAUGCUAUUCUAUGAAACUAGUGCUAAAACAUCACAUGGAGUAUCCCAAGCAUUUGAAGAAUUGUCAAGGUUACUCAUCAUUAAAAGAAACAUGAAAUUAGAAGAGAAGAAAUUCAGAAGAAAAUAAAAAAAUGAUUCAUCUGCUGCAGGCUCUGAUAAAAAUCAUGCUUCUUAUACUCAAAAUGAACCAUAAGAGAAUAUUAAUUUAUGGUUACGACCAAAUCCAAAGUAAGAAAAUGAGAAAUAGUAAUAAAAAUGUAAUUGUUGA